AUGCCAACGAGCGCAGCGAGCCACGACUCGCAUCUCUCCGUGCCUGACUCGCUUUCUUCGCUUUCGGAUCACGGCUCGUUAUCCUCGGCCGCUUCUACCUAUUCCUCCCUCUCAUCCCAGUCAGCAGCAGCACAGUCGACCAUUCCUCCAGAUACCCGGACAUCGCACGAGCUCCAUACCAAAAUGUCUGGCGACGUUGCCCUCACGCGGAACACUGCGCCACAGCGAUCUGCCACCAUCAAAGCUACGAACCAGUCCGCUUCGACAUCACGCGCCUCAACCCCCGCUUCCAUUGUGCCUCUGCAUAAUACGGUUGAACCCAGCAUCGUCAACGCCUCCGACGUGUCGCUUGCAGCGCUGACUCCUCCCGUGCUUCAACGCCUCACCUUUGCUGACGACAACGCCAAGAGCGCCACCUUCUCCCGAUCUUCGCAGCAGGCGCUCGCCCAUGCGUACCUCGCGCUCGACGGCGCAGAACCGCGUCUGUCCACGUCGUCCAACGAAAGCGGUUCGUCCAACGAACUCGCAACACCCGAAAACCAGCAUCAGUCUUGGUCGUAUGACGCCCACAAUGACUCGGCGCUCGCAGCGCUUCAAGCAUCCUCUUCUGCAUCCUCGUCGUCGUACGCGUCGAGCUACGAGCGCACUCGACCCAUCCACAUCCAGACCACCGAGCCCGGAGCGGACUUGCGACCACCAUCGCGCGAGGUCGACGCUUCGUCCGCACAGCUGGACAGGCUCGCGUUGCAGCGUCCUGCCAAGCUCGAACGCCUGUCUUCCGCUGCCACCAAUGCAACAGCAAGGGCUUCCACGUUCUCGGACGAGUCGUCGCCACACACUGCCACUCAAUCUCCGCGUCAUCUGCAGGCACCCGACCUGUCCUCGCUUCGCUUUGCGUCGGGCAGCGUCCAGUGCAUGCCGGCUUCCGCACCUGCUGCUUCAAGUGUAGAGCACUUCAACAGGUCGCCCAGCCUGGAUACCGAUAUACCCAGUCGUACCAACAUGACCAGCCCGGACUCGUGGCGCUCGCUGCUACCAGAGCACGACCCUUACUUUGCCUCUGGGGGCCAGCUGCGCACCUCGCAGCACCAGCGAUCUGCCUCUCCGCAGAACUUGCAUCCCGCUACGAGUGCGUUCGACAUUGAGACAUACGCCGCAGCCAAAGCAUCGCCUCGUGCGGCCGUGCACGACCGCAUGUCGACUUCUUCGUUUGACACGGCGCGCACCUCGUUCAGCAGUGCAAUCAGCGGCUACUCGGCCAUGUCGCUGGCUGGCUUGAGCAAGUCGUCCAUGCAGAGCCAGGACUCCGCCAAGUCGGAUAGCUGGAGGAGCCUGCUGCCCGAUGAUGACCGCUUCCACGCUUCCCGCGACCCGAACGCUACAAGCAGCGUUCAGCAAGGUUUCGAUGCGUCGCCGCUGCUCACCUCACCUUCCCUUUCGGAUCGCCUCGACUCGCCUAUCUCGUCCGACGGCCACAAUCACCGCUCGGCCUUCUUUGCGCUCGAUGCACCGCGUUCAAGCACUGCGGUUACUAUCAACGACGCCGACUCGGCCGCUCGUCGACACUCUAGCUUUUCCAGCAUCGAGCCCAAAAACUCGAAACAGUUUGCCGCCACGCGCGUCAUGCUCGCCUCCAUGCGCGACACGGCUGGACCGUCUGGCUCGAUCAAGUCGGCUUCGGGGAAGUUUGCGCCAUCGAUUUUGCCGUGCGCGUCGUCUUCUUCUGCCGAUGCGGCGUCACCGCGCGGCGAAGGUUCGCUGGAAGCGUCCAACAUGACGCCGGAGUUGUCUCAGUCGAGUGCUACCGAGGAUGACUUGAGAGAGCGCGACAGUUGGCCUACCAGUCGAAGCGGUCGUCGCGGUGCCGACUCGCCUGUCUCGUCGGGGCCAUUGACUCCAGAGACCGGCUUGACUCCCGGCUCCAAGUCUUCGCUGGCAGGCGUGCUGUCUCAGGAGUCAGACUCUGAAGCGCGAGUCGAUAGCCCUUCGCUUGUUUCUGAGACGUCGGAGAGCGUGGUCGAGGCGACCCAAGACGGUCUGCUGGCCACGACGACGACAACGACCACAAAGACGUUCACAACCACGCGGACGCAGCUGCUGCCCGAUGCCGCUGCUACUGCCGCCGCCGCCGCCACGCGGCCGCUCAAAGCCAGGUCGGAAGCUGGCGCUACGGCUGAGGACGGCGAUGAGAUGGAGGCGUUGCAGAGUCAUCCGAUGAAGACGCGCACUUCGUCUUGCAGCAUUUCGACUCCCAUCAGCCCACCGUCGCUGCCGUUCUUGGAGCGUCGACCAGCACCUCCCGAGACGGAUCUGGUGAUCGAGACGGAACGUACUCGAUACGUCCUCGUGACGCGCCUACCCGGUUUUUCGCUGGAUUGCAUCACACUGGCCACCAAGCAGCACAAGCAUCAUCGCACGCUGCACAUUGUUGCGGACAAGUGGGAUACCGAAGGUGGCGGCCACUUUGAACGACGCAUCACGUUCCCCGAUAAGGAGUGCGAUCUGAAAAACGUCAAGGCCGAGUUUGACGGCAAUACGCUGCGGGUGUACGUGCCUCGCAAAGUAGCAGCGAACCGUUUCAGUUCUGCCAGCAGCGCCACAUUCUAA